AUGGCCAUCCCGGCGCCUUCAUUCAGUAUGUUUCCUGCGCCGCCCUUUGGACUACAGCGUCCGGGCGCCGGUGCCGUAACGCCCUACGACGACCAAGACCACCACCAUCAAACGAUCUCUGCAUUGUAUGGAAACAUCGGAGGCAAUAUCCCAUAUUUCGCCGGCACCGGCUCGGGCUACUCGCCGCCGCAGCACCAGGAUCAGCAUCGACUUCAUCUGCACUCCCACUCCCACUCCCAUCCGUAUUCACCGCUCCACGAGCAGCAGCAGCAGCAGGACCACUCAUACGGACUUCACGCUGGGUCGAUAUCGCCCCACGAACAGCCUCUGCCCGAGGUCAGCUACAUCCCCCUCUUCGACAAGCCGGGUCGAUCCGCCACCAUGGACAGCAGCGAGCCGUCCGAGCGGGACGGCGUGGCGGAGGACGUCUCGAGUGUAGAUGCGAUGGCGGUCGACGGGGCCGGCGCGCCCCCGGACACAGCGAAGCCCAAGGCCAAGCGCCAAGCGAAGGGCAAGGGCAAGACGAAGGCGGUCGAGAAGGAGGCGAAGGAGGCUGAGAUGGACGAGCUGGGCGACGACUCCACCGGCACCGCGGACGAAAGUGCGUCCCCAUCGGGGAAGAAGGGGAAGACGACGGCGACGGGCAAGCCAUCGCGGCGGACAACGACCUCUGCGGUCAUCGCGUGCCAGCAAUGUCGAUUGCGGAAGAUCCGAUGCGACUCUGGGCGCCCACAUUGUUCGAACUGUGGACGACGCUCGGACAAAUGCAUCUAUGAUUCUGCGCCCAAACGCCGUGGCCCCGACAAGAAUCCGGGCACACGCCAGCGCCGAUGCAAGAAACGCCCGGGCGAUGAGAGUGACGAUCCCCCGGCGAAGAAGAAGCUCAAGAUCGAUGUGUCGGCUGCGAGCCCAACGAGCACGGGACCGAUCUCUGCCUCAUCCACACCCGCUAUCACCCUUCCCUCUCCGGUCCCGGUGCCGAUCGUUCCAUCAGCAGCAGCAGCAGCAGGCCCUGUCCCAGCAGGAUCAUCCCCGGACAAGUCACACGGAUUGGAAGCGGGUGCCGAUGUCAAGAAGAGGAAGAGAUCCACGCUCAGCUUGGAGACAGAAAAGCGAAAGUCUCCCGGUCGUGUUAUUAGUACUGGGCCACCAGAGCGGUUGUACACACCCAUCUCUGCCCCGUCUCUGCCAACGUACAUCCGCCCCAGCCACGCUGCCCCGCCUCUGCACAUCUCCACCGACGAGGCCCUCAUCCGGCGCGCGUCGCAGCAGCCACACUCGGCACCGCCGCACCCGUCCGACCGGUACAUCCCGACGCCAUCAUCUGCCAAUCCCGUCUACGGCUACGCGCAGCAGCAUCAUCUCCCGUACUCCUUCCCGCGCCCGUCGCCGUUCGAGCUGGGCGCGCUGGGGGGCGAGCACUACCAUCCCAAGUUCCCACCGGUCUCGGCCGCCGCGCUGGCGUCCCAAGAGGGCUGGUGGGACUCCUUUCUUCGGACAUACACGCUUCGAGAUAUCGCGCGAGAUUUGGGAGACCUUUACACCGAGAGCCACAUCGCGCUGUCGUUCGUCAACCUUCGGGAGCUGAUUGAGCGACUCUGGAACCGCCACUUGACAUUCCAGCCGGCAUUCGUGCUCGCCUCGCUCGCACUGGCGUGGCUCAUCCGGUCCAGCGAGUCCGACCGAGGUGCCGCCGGCAGAGAACGCGCUGCUUAUUUCCGCCGGCUCGCACAGGAGAAGCUCGAGCAGGCGUGGCGCGAGCGCAUCUGGUUGGACGCGAGUCUCGCGAUGGCUGCCUUGAUCCUCGCCCAAUACGAAGCCUCUGCUCAUCCAGAAUACAAUCCCAUCCGCGUCGUGCGGGCGCUUACGUUCCUCGAUGAGAUCAUCACCGGCCUCGGGCUGUCCACUUUCGACAGCGCGCGACCGGAGGUGUGUCGCUACCCGGCGCAUGCGACGCCGACGGUGCAUGUCGAGGGCAUGGAGGCCCCGCAGUGCAGUUGCAUUCCCCUCGGCUCACCGCCGCCGGAUCUCGACACCGUGGGGCAGAGUGCGCUGCAGUGGGAGCCGUCCUGGACGCAAUCGGAGAUCCAGGACGAGGAGUGCCGCCGAGUCGUGUGGGCUGCUUUGACCCUGACCACGAGUUUCCGAAUGGAAUGCCUGGCCUUGACGAGACACGACGAGGGCCUCAUGCUCAGUCUCUGCGAUCCAUCAAAUUACCAAGUCCUGUUCCCGAACGAGAUAUACGAUCGAAAUCGCGGGACGGGAACGCAUCCCCGAAACGCCAUUUGGGCACUGUACUGUCGCAGUAUGUUGCUGUGCAACUUCACGUCCAAUGUCGUCGCCAAGGACGCCGAAACACGUGACCAGCGCGAGCUGCAAGCGGAGGCGCUUCAAGAAUCGUGGAGUGAGGCGCAGGCCAUCGAAGACUCCCUGGACGCGCAUGUGUGCAACUUGAAUACGGCCGUGUCGUAUUUAUGUCGGGAAAACAUCGCCAAUUCCCGGUUGUGUAUUCAGAAGGGGCUACGCGGCUUGCAGGGACUGGCUUCUCCCCGCGCCAGCCCACUGAUGAACCGCCGGCAAGCCGAAGAGUGGAUUUACUAUCAACUUGAGCUGAUCAAACGAGUAACGCUGUCGAUUCAGUUUGACCAGCGUGGGACAACGCCGACUAACCGCCCUUUCGCGCUGACUUGGUUCUACCAUCAGCUUUCCAUAUGCCUGCUUCUGUGGGAACACGAUAACGGGCUGAUCACGGCGCUGAACCUCGCGAAGGCCUUCCUCGUGCCGCUGGACGUCAUGAACGCGCUGUGGCCGUGCGAAUGUGUAUAUCCACUCCCAGUGCUCUGCGCUGCGCAAACAGCUCACGCUGUAUUGCAUGCAGGCCAAUUUAGAACCACCCCCAGCCGAGCUGGGAUCCUCCACCGCCGUCUAGAAGGCGAGGCGCUCCCUGUAUCUGCUGCGUUGUAUCCUUCCAUCCAUACCCUCUCUCUCAUCUCAUCAUCCCCCAUCCCACUCCUUUCGUCUCUGAUCUCCCUCUUCGACGUUUUCUAUGCGUCACUGACGUGCGGUUUCCGUCGUCUUCAGCUUCACAUUACAUUCCUCGACGCUCUGGGAGGCUCGGAAAAGUCUGAUGAUGACUGGAAGGCACCCGAACUGACGAGAUGACGUCUUGGGGCGAUCUUGAGGAAUCUCCUGCUUUGCAAGAUAUCCAGUUGCCCAAUGUCAUCGUGGCCAAGCGCGAAGCAGUUGGUCGGAAUGUGUUAGCAUACGAUGAAAUACAC